UUCUCUUCCUCCUCCUCUAUUUUUAUCUCCCUUCAUUCGCUAUUGCUUCACUCGCUCACUUCGCAUUUUCAAUACUGUUUAUGCCAAGCCUAUUUUUUCUCUAUAAUUACAGAUAAUGAGUCAUUCAAUUCUCCGCCGAUCUGUUCCAUCACUCUGAUUUCAACUGUGAAUAAAUGCUUUCAUGAAUUUCGAAUUUUUUCUUGAGAGAGAGAGAGAGAAGCAUGCUACAUCACGCACUCCAUUAUUGCUUCUUUUUUUUCCUUUUUCUAUUGAUAGCUUGCCCGUUGAUUGUCAGAUAAUGUAACUAAUAUUUAUGAAUUAUACCUACUGUGUGUGUGUGUGUUUGGCUUUUAUCACCAUCUCUCAAUAAUUCCAAGGUUGCUUAUAAUAAGAAUGGAAAGUGAUCGGUGAUGAAGAUGAAGAUGCCAACGAAUUUCCAGCUGUUAUUUUUUCACUGUUUUUUAUUUUUAUUUUGGAGUGUGCUAGAUUAACUGAGAUCGAUGAAUAAAUCUCGGAUUCCUACUUGACAAGUUGAUGCUUUUCUGCUUAAAAUAUUAUGUUACCUACUUUAGUUUGUGGAGGUGCAUUGCAUAGUCAAAGAUGAAGGUUUGGAGCUUCUAAAUUACUUGUGGUAUGAUUUUGUACUAACUUUAUAUUCGAAUAAUCAAUUUCUUGAUUGUUUGUUGCCCUCCAUUUGGAAUCCUUUGACUUCACAUCCAUGUAAACACGAUACUGUGGUGAUGUUUGGUGGAUCUGGAAAGAGAGGAAGUUUGAGUAUGGAGCAGAAGAGACAGCUAAUCUAUGAAGUUUCAAAGUGGCCAGAGGCAGAGGGUGGUGCAUCCGAAAUGUUUCAGGCGUGGAGCCGCCAAGAGAUACUGCAGGUUCUCUGUGCAGAGCUCGGGAAAGAAAGGAAGUACACCGGAUUAACUAAGUCAAAACUAAUAGAGAAUCUUAUGAAAAUCGUACGUGAAAAGAUAUCACAGGAGCCUGGGAGUGCAAAUGCUACCGAAGUGGAUCCUUCAUUAGAAAACGGUGAAAGGACUCCCAAGAGGCAAAGGAAAUCCGAUCAUCCGAAUCGCCUGGUUGUUGCAAACGGUGCUGCAGUUGUGACCACCGAAAUUGAUUCAAAUAAUAAUACCAUGUGCUGUAAGAACUCAGCUUGUAAGGCCAAAAUGAAUCACAAUGAUGUCUUCUGCAAGCGGUGUUCAUGCUGCAUUUGUCAUCAGUAUGAUGACAACAAGGACCCCAGCCUGUGGUUGAUUUGCAACGUGGACCCUCCAUUUUGUGGUCUGUCGUGUGGCAUGUCGUGCCAUCUUGAAUGCGCCUUACGGCAUGAGAAUUCUGGCAUCUCACAGGAUAGGCAGGAUAAGGGGCUCGAUGGGAGCUUCUGUUGUGUAUCUUGCGGAAAGGUGAAUGAUUUGCUCAGUUCUUGGAGAAAGCAACUGGUAGUGGCAAGGGAUACGAGGCGUGUUGACAUAUUGUGCUAUAGGCUCUCCUUGAGCCAGAAGAUUCUUGCUGGUACCAAACACUACCAGCACCUAUCCAGCAUCAUUGACGAAGCAGUGCAAAAGCUCGAAGAAGAUGUAGGCCCUCUAACCGGUCUACCUGUGAAGAAGGCUCGAGGGAUUGUGAACCGGCUAUCAUCAGGCCCAGAAAUUCAGAGACUUUGUGCUUCAGCUUUGGAGUCUCUGGACUUCAUGCUGUCAAACAGAGCUUCUGAUAUGUCUUCUGUAGGUUGCAAUGUACUUGGCCCAGAACUUGUCAGGUUCGCUGACAUCCGUGCUUCAUCUCUCAUGGUGAUUCUGAAUCCGGACGAUUCAGAUAUGGGACACGUCGAUGGAUACACCUUGUGGCAUCGGAAAGCUGAUGAUGCAGACUAUCCUGGAGAUCCUACUUGCAGAUUGUUUAAACCAAACACUAAGUUCUUGCUUUCCGGUCUAGCUUCUGCAACGCAGUAUGUUCUCAAGGUUGUUGCCCUUGACACGGAUAGAGAGGCAGGCUUCUGUGAACUUCGGUUUCAGACUCAAGACGAUGAGCCAAAGUCUAAAAUCUUGGAAGUGGAAAGGAGUGAGAGCCCAGUGACCACCAACUGCAGCAGUCUGUCUAAUCCCUCUUCUGUUGAAGACGAAACAAACAAUACUGUCCCUUGCAGUAACGUCUCGGAUCAGAGCCAGAAGGAGGCAACGACGAUGGCUGGGGAUAUAAUCUCUCUGCUGCACGAGGAGUACAGUAUGGUAAAAACCAGCUGCAGCCCACCAGAGGCAGGCACAUUGGUGAAAGAAAGCAACAAGGAGUCUUCAAAUGUGCAAAUGGCUGAGGACACGAGCACUGACAAUGGGUCUAACACGCCUCCUCGGACUGGCCUAGAAUGUGUCCCCAGCUCGGAAGCCGGCCUGCCCAUCACUCCCUGCAGGUUUGAGAAUGCAAAAGAGGCCGCUGGAAGGGGCAGCUGGCCUAAAUUUGGCUGGAAAGACCUCAAAACGAGAGGUGAGAGGGACACGGAGCCUCAAGCAGGGAGCUCAUCGAGGAAAAGGAAUGGUGAGAGGAGAGAUGAGGAAUGCAGUGGCAUAGGAGACAAGGACUUUGAGUACUACGUGAAGGUGAUCCGUUGGCUGGAGCGCGAGGGCCAUAUUGAGAUGGGGUUUCGCCAGAAAUUCUUGACAUGGUACAGCCUGAGAGCAACGCCACAGGAGGCACGCGUUGUGAAGGUAUUCAUCGAUACGUUUGUUGAAGAUCCCGAGUCUCUUGCUGGGCAGCUUCUUGAUUCUUUCUCUGAUAUGGUUUCGAAUAAGAGGUGUUUGACAAUACCUGCUGGAUUUUGUUCGAAGCUUUGGCACUGAGGCAGAGGCAGAGACAGAUAACAGAGCUUCAAAGGAUUAUGAGCAUGGGGAUUUUUUAUUGAUGCUUAUUCUUUGAAUUUUAGAAAAUAUCUUAGACAUCAUUCUUCAUUGAAAGUAGCAUUACUAAAUUAAAGUAUUUUGAUGCAUAAGAGUUUGGCCUCUUGUGAUAUAUGAUCAUAACUUUUGUGCUCCACAAAUUCUGUAUAUCUUUUCAGCACAGCUGGAAAAUUUAAGAUUGCACUACAGAAAUACUCCCUCCGUUCAUGUUAA